AGAGGAAGUUUAUGUGAAAAAAGAAAAAAAAAUUGGUGUGAAACUAACGGGUGUGACAACUGUCACAUGACUUUGUACCAAAACUCAGUUUUUGCAUCCCGCAUUUCCCUCUUUAUAUUUAGAGGGCAUUAUUCGUUGAUUCGGUAACUAUAAGAGUAAAAAGGUGAUAUCUUUGAAUACCGUUAAACAAAAUGAUGCUCUACGAUGGAUUCCGGGAAAUUCUCAAGAUUCAAAAGUUUCGUAGAGUGAUAUCUUAUACUGUAUUCUAUUGCUUUACUGCUGUCUUGACCUACGCUUACACUAGCAACACGACUAGGGCUGGUUAUUCUCGAGGUGAUCAAUUUUAUGCAUCAUACCCAGCUGGGACUGAGCUUUUAACAGACUCGACUAAGUUAUACAAAGCCGCGCUUGGCAACUGCUUCGAAACGGAGGAAUGGGGUCCGAUUGAGUAUUGCAUCAUGGCUAAACACUUUGAGCGGCAAGGGAAAUCACCUUAUGCUUAUCAUUCGAAAUACAUGGCACACCUUCUUUCUCACGGGCAACUUGACGGAAGUGGCUAGAAUGGAACUACCAAUCUAUUGCGAAAUGAAUGAGUGAAAAAUUAUUUGUACACAUAUUGAAUUAAAACCAUGGAUGUAAUUGGAUUUAUCUUGUAGCAGCAUAGAAAACCUGAAGCUCUAGUGUUUGUGAAGCCAGGACUGGCGCGUCACUGCCACUUUUCUUUCUAAUUCUCUUUUUGUUCUUAUUGUACAUUGGAACCUUGGAUGUUACGAACUUGGUUUAGAUUAGAUCUAAGAGAUCACAUUGCAGUCUUACUGGUUUCUUACGCU